UUUCUCCCUCAAAACUAUCCCCUUCUCUUCCCUCCUCCACCCUUCCUUCCUCUACCCAAUCUUCUUUCCACUCCGCCACCGACCACCACCUCGCCGCCAUGUCGGCCACUUCCGUCUUCCAGUCUCUCUCCGUCGUCGACGCCUCCCUUACAUCUCUCCCUACCAUCUUUACUGCCAAGAAACUCGGCCACCCACUUCGCCCUUUGGCCUCCUCCCUCCGCUUCACCUCCCUCAAUCUCCACAUCCCUUCCCUCUGCCUCAAGAGGAAGAAUUAUGGAGUCGGGUUUGUCGCUAGGAUCUCCGACUGGGCUCAGGAGCAGGAGGCAGCCCAGGGUGAGGAGGGAGAGUUCCAGUGGGGAGAGGGAGGAAUGGAGACACAGGCGAGGGUGUCGGAUUGGGAGGGCGAGAGCGGAGAAGAGGGCGGAGAUUUCGAAGGAGAGGAGGCUGGUGAAUCGGGUGAGGAGGGUGGGUACGACGAGGAGCAGUACCAGGAGCCUCCAGAAGAGGCGAAACUCUUCGUAGGGAACCUGCCUUAUGAUGUAGACAGCGAGAGGCUAGCUCAGGUGUUCGAGAAGGCUGGGAUUGUGGAAGUUGCAGAAGUAAUUUACAACAGACAGACAGAUCAGAGUCGCGGUUUUGGGUUCGUUACGAUGAGUACUGUUGAAGAAGCCGAGAAAGCGGUGGAAAUGUUUCACCGUUAUGACCUGAAUGGGAGGUUCUUGACAGUUAACAAGGCAUCACUCAAAGGAUCCAAGGUUGAGCGUGCUCCUCGUCAGUUUGAACCUUCGUCUAGGAUCUAUGUUGGAAACCUGCCAUGGCAAGUCGACGAUGCACGACUAGAACAAGUCUUCAGUGAACAUGGGAAGGUUGUGGAUGCCAGGGUCAUUUGUGACAGGGAAAGUGGACGGUCACGUGGAUUUGGAUUUGUGACAAUGUCAUCAAAGAGUGAACUUGAUGAUGCAGUUGCAGCUCUAGAUGGACAAAUUGUGGAUGGCAGGGCCCUUAGAGUGAAUGUGGCUGAAGAAAGGCCAAGACGGAGCUCCUUCUGAUUACCAAGAGCUCAGUUCUUAUUUCGGAAGUUGUUGUAACCUUCAUCCACGGAAUAGGUGUUCAUUAUUAUAGUGGUUUCUCUUGUUUUUGUCUUGGCCAUCUUUCGAUUCAGUUUUUGUUCUUUGUUCUCGAUAUGAUUGAGUUGGUCCAGGGAUGUACAACUUAAAGAGGGAAGUCCUUUUUUUUCUUCACCUAGAUUUGAUGUCAACUUUGCAGUUGUAUUUCUCUAAGUAGAUAUGGAGUGACAUUUUUUUUUCAUAAGAUGCAUCAGUGAGAAGAAACAGAGUUGGUAACAAAACAUUCAACUAUGACAGGCGAUUACUCCGAAUGUGUAUUUUUAAUA